AUGGUGAAAUUGUUGGUGCCGGAGGAAGCUUCUCAAAACCCGGAACUCUACGGUUUGAGAAGAUCUCAUCGAGAAAGGAAAGGUCCAUCCAUCAUAGAGUCUGACUCGGACUCUGAUGAAAGUCCAACGACGAGGAAACGCAAGAAGGUGGUGGACGAUUACGAUGAUGACUUGAUUGGCGAUGACGAUGACGACGAAGUUGAUGAGGGUGACGAUUUUGAGGAUGAUGAUUUUGUAGUGGAGAAAAAGCAAAAGAAGAAAAGAGCACCUGGCUCGAGGAGAAAGUCUAAGAAGCAGAAAGCUACGUCCCAGGAUGAGUCCUAUAGUCCACAGGAAUUAAGGUUUUCCACGAGAAAUAAUAAACAAGUUAAUUACGCCAUUGACGAGGAUGACGAUGCUGAUUUGAUUGAGAGCGAUUUCGACGAUGCCGAUGAGGAAAACGACUACUAUUAUUACCAACAAGCUAUCGCUCCUGAAAAUGAACGCGGAAUUGACCUUGUUUUGGAUCACAAACCCAACCCUGACAAUUUAGAAGUGACAAGUGAACCAAAAUUAGACUACUUGUUCAAAAUCAAAUGGACUGAUGCAUCACAUUUACACAACACUUGGGAGACUUUUAACAACUUGAAAGACUUUAAAGGGUUCAGGAAAGUUGACAACUACAUCAAGCAAUUCAUAAUAUACGACAAUGAAGUCAGAAAUGAUCCAUUAACUACAAAAGAGGACAUAGAAGCAAUGGACAUUGAGAGAGAACGAAGAAGAGACGAACAAGACGAAUACGUGCAUGUUGAGAGAAUUGUUGAUAGUCAGAGAAUCGAAAAGGAUGGAGAGAGUAGGCUUGAAUACUUUGUGAAAUGGAGAAGAUUGUAUUAUGACGAGUGUUCGUGGGAAGAUGCAGAAGAGAUUGCGCAAAUUGCUCCUGAGCAAGUUGGCAAAUAUCAGCAACGGUUAAACUCCAAAAUUCUCCCCAAUUUCUCGGCAAAUUAUCCAUUGUCACAAAGGCCAAGAUUCGAAAAGUUGGUGAAGCAACCGGUUUUCAUCAAGAAUGGUGAACUUCGUGAUUUCCAACUAACAGGUCUCAAUUGGAUGGCGUUCCUAUGGUCAAGAAAUGAGAAUGGUAUAUUAGCAGACGAGAUGGGGUUGGGAAAAACCGUUCAAACCGUUGCUUUUCUAUCAUGGUUGAUCUACGCAAGGCGGCAAAAUGGACCUCAUUUGGUCGUGGUCCCAUUGUCAACCAUACCUGCUUGGCAAGAGACGUUUGAAAAGUGGUCACCUGAUAUCAAUUGUAUUUAUUACUUGGGUAAUGGUGAAGCUAGAAGAACUAUUAGAGAUUAUGAAUGGUACACACCCAAUGGCAAGCCAAAAUUCAAUGUUUUGUUGACGACUUAUGAGUAUAUCUUGAAGGAUAGAAAUGAGUUGGGUUCUCUCAAGUGGCAGUUUUUGGCUGUGGAUGAGGCACACCGUUUAAAAAAUGCUGAUUCGUCCUUGUAUGAAUCAUUGAAAAGUUUCCGUUGUGCCAAUAGACUUUUGAUUACAGGAACCCCACUCCAAAACAAUUUGAAAGAAUUGGCCGCAUUAUGCAAUUUCUUGAUGCCGGGCAAGUUUGAUAUUGAGCAAGAGAUUGACUUUGAGACCCCUGACGAGGAGCAAGAGCUGUACAUCAAGGACUUACAGAAAAAAAUCAGCCCAUACAUUUUGAGACGACUCAAAAAAGAUGUUGAAACAUCGUUGCCUUCAAAGACAGAGAGAAUACUACGUGUCGAACUUUCAGAUAUUCAAACAGAAUAUUACAAAAACAUCAUCACCAAGAAUUAUGCAGCCUUAAAUGCUGGUAAUAGUGGGUCCCAAAUCUCCUUGUUGAACGUAAUGAGUGAAUUGAAAAAGGCGUCAAACCAUCCUUACUUAUUUGAUGGUGCAGAGGAUCGUGUACUUGCUCGCGCAGGAUCCGAUACCAGAGAAAACAUCUUGAAGGGUAUGAUCAUGUCCUCAGGAAAAAUGGUUUUGCUUGAGCAGUUGUUGUCAAGAUUGAAAAAAGAAGGUCACAGAGUUCUUAUUUUCUCGCAAAUGGUGAGGAUGUUGGAUAUUCUUGGUGAUUACAUGGCCAUCAAAGGUUAUCAAUUCCAACGAUUGGAUGGAGGUAUUCCAUCAGCGCAAAGAAGAAUCUCAAUUGAUCAUUUCAACGCCCCCGACUCGAAAGAUUUUGCAUUCUUGUUGUCAACUAGAGCCGGAGGACUAGGUAUUAACUUGAUGACUGCGGACACUGUGAUUAUAUUUGACUCAGAUUGGAACCCUCAAGCUGAUCUACAAGCCAUGGCAAGAGCUCACAGAAUUGGUCAAAAGAACCAUGUUCUGGUUUAUCGAUUUGUUAGUAAAGAUACAGUUGAAGAACAGAUUUUGGAAAGAGCUAGGAAGAAAAUGAUUUUGGAGUAUGCUAUUAUUUCUUUGGGUAUUACUGAUCCAAAUGCAAAGAAGGGUAACAAAACGGACCCUUCCACAAGUGAACUAUCUCAGAUUUUGAAGUUUGGUGCAAGUACCAUGUUCAAGGACAAUGACAACCAGCAAAAAUUGGAAAACUUGAACUUGGACGAUGUUUUGAACCAUGCUGAGGAUCAUGUCACGACACCCGAUUUGGGUGAAUCAAACUUGGGUUCGGAGGAGUUUUUGAAACAGUUUGAAGUUACUGAUUACAAAGCCGAUAUCGAAUGGGAUGACAUCAUACCUCAAGAUGAGUUGAGCAAGUUGAAGGACGAGGAGAAGAAAAGGGCUGAUGAGGAGUACUUGCAACAACAAAUUGCCUUGUAUUCCAAGCGGAAGGCUGCUGUACGGAAGUUUGAAAAUGGAUCGGUGGUGCCUAGUGACGUUGAGGAUAGUGCAGAUGAUCUGAAGUCUUCUGGGAGAAGGAGGGCUACUGACAAUCAACUUUCAGAGAAGGAGAUUCGGGGCAUCUAUCGAUCGAUAUUGAAAUGGGGAGACCUUACUGGCAAAUGGGACCAAUUGGUUGAAGAGGGGAGCAUCAGUAACAAGAACCCAGUUUACAUUAAGCAUGCUUACAACGAGAUAGUCAACACCGCAAAGACUUUAGUCAAGGAAGAGGAAGCGAGGAGAUCCCAAGCACUUGCCGAAUUGGAGAGAAGGGCCAAGGAGCAGAAAGAGGACCCCAACAAUACUGACCAAAAUCAAACAGCUUUGUGGGUGGCAAAGAAGAAAGAAAAGAAGGCAGUUCUUUUCGAGUAUCAGGGUGUUAAAAAUAUCAAUGCUGAGCUUGUCUUGAAUAGACCGGUGGAUAUGAGAGCACUUGCGAAAAUCAUACCCGGUGACAAUCCAUUGGAUCUUCAAUUACCGAGACACCCAAAGGCCGUGCAGUCCUGGUCUUGCGAGUGGACGGCAAAUGAUGAUGCUAUGUUGCUAGCAGGUGUGCACAAGUUUGGGUAUGGAUCAUGGGUUCAAAUUAGAGACGAUCCUUUGCUAGGGUUACAAAACAAAUUGUAUUUGGAUUCUGCACCUGUUUCAAAGAAUGGUGAAGCCAAAGAUGUUUCGAAAAAAGUUCCCGGCGCAGUUCAUCUAGGUAGACGAGUGGAUUAUCUUUUCACUCUUUUGCAUGAUGAUAAUGAAUCUGAACCUGCUUCUACAGAACCCAAACGCAAGGUGAAGAGAGCUGACAACUCAUCUGUCGCCAAAUCCAGAAAAGGCGUCAAAUCCGAGACUCCAGACACAAGCCGCCCUGCCAAGGUCAAGAGACCCAGCUCUCAACACCUGCAUAAUGGCACACAUGCGGCAACUAGAAAGCCAUCCAGUCAUUCAAAUCUCAAGCAUGAAAGAGACUCGGGUGGUGCUAGGCAACUACCAGGCUUGCAUCACAAACAGGAGUCACAAUAUGAACCCAUGGAUGAAGCAACGCAAAAAGUGUGCAAAGCCGCAUUACAGCCUGUCUUUGGAUCGCUUCAAAAAUUGCAAAGGGGUAAUUCGGGAUUGGAGAAGCACGAAUGGGCGAAAGUAUUAAAAGACGAGCUAACGAAUGUUGGUGAUCACAUUGAAUCUGAGGCAAAGAGUUCCAAGACCAGUGAAGAUCCAAAUCAAUUGAGAAUGCGUCUCUGGUCCUUUGCGGGAAGAUAUUGGCCUAGCAAAGUGCCCAGUAGUAAAAUCAGUGAAAUGUACAAAAGGCUAAAAUCAAAGGCCAAGGAGUGA